AAAGUUAGCAGCCUAUUGGAUACAUACUCAGGCCUCUUAAGUAAUGAAUCCAUGAUCCUGGCUGUGAACUCCAGCUUUGUGGAUCCCUUACUGCAGUUUGAAUCUCAGUUGAAGAUAAUAGAGUCAUCCUUUGGAAUGCUAGUUGUCAUGCCAAGUCUUGACAAAAUAAAAGAAAUGGGGAGCAGUAAUGAGGACUUUGAGGACAUGGAGAAUUUAUACCACAGUAUUUUAAAUAUAUAUGAGAACAUUCUUCUGACCUUGGUGUCUGAAGACCUCUACAAACUACAGAUCUUAAAG